AUGCCGGAUGCCAGGUUUAAGUACGCUUAUGUUGGUUUUAAAUGCACUUUUGGAGUGAAUCGUACAAGACGUGGAUUGAAAUUUAUAAUCAAGUCGUCUAAAUGUUGCAAUUGCUCGUCUUCAUUUCGCGUGGUUUUGCAUCAUAGUGAAUACAUAAUUGCUUCCCACAAUAUGGUGCAUAACCAUCCAUGCAGCAGGGUGUACAUGCAGAAUGACCCAUGGUAUAGACGACUAACAGUUGAAGAGAAAGAAAAUAUUGAACCACUUCUUCAGCAAUCCCACUCAUCCGAUGAAAUAAUAAUGCAUGUUAAGGAGAAGUACAACAAGGAUAUAACUCGCAUUGACGUUAAAAAUAUGAAAGCCGCAGUGAAUAAAGGUAUUUCGAGUCGUCGUGACAUUUUUGAAUUCCUAAAAUCCCGUGGGAAGUUAAUGGAGUAUUAUUCCGAUGAACCGAUCAGGAAUUCACUAACAAGAAUUUGUUUUGCAACUUAUGAGCAAAUGGAAUUGUAUAAACAGUUCCCUGAAGUUGUUGGUAUCGACUCGACGUAUAAUACGAAUAAGGGGAAACAAGAAAUCCCAUUGUGA